AUGCUGCUUCUUUCAAGGCCUCCCAUGGUUGGGCGAAUACUAAGGUCAAAAUUCAGACCUAGUUUAUCACGGAACUGUUCACCAAUUAUAUUGGCGGUAUCCAAGUUAUCUACCCAGCGACCCCUAUUAUUCAAUUCAAUUGGCUCUAAACUAUGGAAUGAAACACAAAAGGACUUGGCUAGCAAAAAGUUGAUUGAAAUUCCCUCGACGGCCCCAAAAGCGAAAGCCCAAGUGAAAAAGGUAGGUAAGGCACCAACGCUCUCAGAGUUGAGAAUCUUGAAGGAUCUGUUCCGUUAUAUUUGGCCCAAGGGCAAUAAUAAAGUGAGAGUAAGGGUGUUAAUUGCACUAGGAUUAUUAAUAUCGGCAAAAGUCUUAAAUGUUCAAGUGCCUUUUUUUUUCAAGCAGACCAUUGAUUCAAUGAAUAUAACGUGGGAUGAUCCUACUGUUGCCCUUCCAGCAGCCAUUGGAUUGACAAUUAUUUCUUAUGGUGUUGCAAGAUUUGGAUCCGUUUUAUUCGGUGAGUUGAGGAAUGCUGUGUUCGCAAAAGUAGCUCAAAAUGCCAUCAGAACCGUAUCAUUGCAAACUUUCCAGCAUCUUAUGAAAUUGGAUCUGGGUUGGCACUUGAGUAGACAAACGGGUGGCUUAACGAGGGCUAUGGAUAGAGGUACAAAGGGUAUAUCUCAAGUUUUAACGGCCAUGGUAUUCCACAUUAUUCCGAUAAGUUUUGAAAUAUCCGUAGUUUGUGGGAUUUUAACGUACCAAUUCGGUGCGUCCUUUGCCGCUAUCACGUUUAGCACAAUGUUAUUAUACUCUAUUUUCACAAUAAAGACAACAGCAUGGAGGACACAUUUUAGACGGGAUGCUAACAGGGCCGACAAUAAAGCUGCCAGUGUGGCAUUAGAUUCUCUAAUAAACUUUGAAGCGGUGAAAUACUUCAAUAAUGAGAAAUAUCUUUCGAGUAAGUACAACAGUUCAUUGAUGAACUAUAGGGACUCUCAAAUUAAGGUAUCACAGUCCCUAGCAUUUUUGAACUCUGGCCAAAACUUGAUUUUCACUACUGCCCUAACUGCAAUGAUGUAUAUGGGUUGUACCGGUGUUAUUGGCGGAGAUUUAACAGUAGGUGACUUGGUUCUAAUAAAUCAACUAGUUUUUCAAUUAUCAGUACCACUGAACUUCUUGGGUAGUGUUUACAGAGAUCUCAAGCAAUCUUUAAUUGAUAUGGAAACAUUAUUCAAGUUGAGGAAAAAUGAAGUCAAAAUCAAGAGUGUCGAACGUCCUUUAAUGCUACCAGAACAUGUCCCCUACGAAAUUACUUUUGAGAAUGUCACAUUUGGGUACCAUCCGGAUAGGAAGAUCUUAAAGAAUGCUAGCUUUACCAUCCCAGCAGGCUGGAAGACUGCAAUAGUCGGGUCUUCAGGAAGUGGUAAAUCUACUAUUCUAAAACUAGUCUUUAGAUUUUAUGAUCCUGAAAGCGGAAGAAUCCUCAUAAACGGCCGCGACAUCAAAGAAUAUGACAUCGAUGCAUUGAGGAGAGUAAUUGGGGUAGUACCACAAGACACACCACUUUUUAAUGACACCAUUUGGGAAAAUGUGAAAUUUGGUCGUAUUGACGCAACAGACGAAGAAGUGAAGACGGCUGUACAGAAGGCUCAACUAGCACCCCUCAUAAAAAAACUGCCACAAGGCUUCGAAACAAUUGUGGGAGAGAGAGGGUUGAUGAUAAGUGGUGGCGAAAAACAAAGAUUGGCAAUUGCAAGGGUUUUAUUAAAGAAUGCAAGGAUUAUGUUUUUCGAUGAGGCCACGAGUGCGUUGGAUACACACACAGAACAAGCCCUCUUACGGACUAUUAGAAGUAACUUCCCUUCUGGUUCGAGAACAAGUGUGUACAUUGCACAUAGAUUGAGAACCAUUGCAGAUGCAGACAAAAUCAUCGUCCUCGACAACGGAACAGUAAAAGAGGAUGGUAAGCAUAUUGAACUGUUGGCCACACCUGGUUCGCUCUACCGCGAACUGUGGACCAUACAAGAAGAUUUGAGUCAUUUAGAGAACGAACUCAAAGACGAGCAAGCACUAUGA